GAAGGGGAGUUUUAAAAAAGAUUAAAAUAUAGAAUUUUAUAUACAUUGAGUCUAUAUAAUCAACUUAUUUUUGUAGUGUUUUCAGCUUUAUUGUUGACAAAAUUUUGUGUACUCAUAUUUUUUUUUUUUCGCGAACUCUGACUCAGUGAAAAAUGGCCCAUCAGUAUAAAGAUCUCCAGCAUUUCAAACUUCAAAGUAUUAGAGUUGAAGAACUUUUCCUCAUUAAAAAAUGCCUGAAAUAGUUCAUAUCAUUGACGUGGAAAGUGGGAACUUACGUUCCUUACAAAAUGCCGUUGAAUACCUAGGCUACGAAACAAAACUAAUCAAAGAUGCAUCAGAUCCAGAAUUAUCAAAAGCUACAAAAUUAUUCUUACCAGGUGUUGGAAGUUAUGGUCAUUUCGUAAGACAAUUGAAUGCAAAAGGUUUCGUCAAACCUGUCAAGGAAUACAUUGCUCAAGGGAAACCAAUAAUGGGUAUUUGUAUUGGAUUACAAGCUCUAUUUGAUGGUUCUGAAGAAAGUCCUGAUGAUAUUGGUUUAAACUAUAUCAAUUUUAAACUAUCAAAAUUCGACCCAACUAAUAAAUCUGUCCCAGAGAUUGGUUGGAAUUCCGUGUCUGCUGUUGGUGAUAACAUGCUUUAUGAUAUCAAUCCAAACAAUCGUUAUUAUUUCGUUCAUUCAUAUGCUGCCAUACUAAAUGAAAAAUUGAAAAAAGAUCUAUCAUCAAAUGGUUGGGAAAUUGCAAUAACCAAAUAUGGCGAUGAAGAAUUUGUUGCAGCUGUCGCUAAAGACAACAUUUUCGCCACUCAGUUCCAUCCUGAAAAAUCUGGUUUAGCAGGUCUAAAAGUUAUCAGAGCAUUUUUGGAACAAAAGAAACAUUCAACUUUACCAGAAAUUACAGUGCCUAAUGAUUAUUCAAACAAUGGUUUAACAAGAAGAGUCAUCGCAUGUCUCGAUGUUAGAACUAAUGAUAAUGGAGAUCUUGUCGUCACAAAAGGUGACCAAUAUGAUGUUCGUGAAAAAGAUGCACAAGGUGGUGAUGUUAGAAAUCUAGGUAAACCUGUUGAACUAGCUGAAAAAUACUAUAAACAAGGUGCAGAUGAAGUUACAUUCUUAAACAUCACCUCUUUCAGAAACUCACCAAUAGCUGAUCAACCAAUGUUGGAAGUUUUGAAAUUAGCUGCAAAGACGAUUUUCGUUCCAUUAACAGUUGGUGGUGGUAUUAAAGAUGUUGUUGAUCCAGAUGGAACAAAAGUUCCAGCAUUACAAGUCGCUGGAUUAUAUUUCAGAUCAGGUGCUGAUAAAGUAUCAAUAGGUACAGAUGCUGUUAUUGCUGCAAAGAAAUACUAUGCAAAUGGGGGCAAGGGUGAUGGUACUUCGCCAAUAGAAACGAUUUCAAAAGCUUAUGGUGUCCAAGCAGUUGUGAUAUCUGUUGAUCCUAAAAGACAAUAUGUUAAAUCACAAGCAGAUACACAAAACACCACUUUUAAGACUAAAUUUCCUGGUCCAAAUGGUGAAGAAUAUGUUUGGUAUCCAACAACUAUUAAAGGUGGUCGUGAAACUACUGAUUUGGGCGCAUAUGAAUUGGUCCAAGCUUGUGAAGCAUUAGGUGCUGGUGAAAUUCUACUGAACUGUAUUGAUAAAGAUGGUUCAAACUCAGGUUUUGACUUAGAAUUGAUUGAUCAUAUUAAAUCUGCUGUUUCAAUUCCUGUUAUUGCUUCAAGUGGAGCUGGUAAACCUGAACAUUUCUCUGAAGUUUUCACAAAGACAAAAACUGAUGCUGCUUUAGGUGCAGGUAUGUUCCAUAGAGACGAAUUUACUGUUAAACAAGUUAAAGUUCACUUGAGAGAAUCUGGUUUACAAGCUAGAUUAGAUGAAGAAACACUAUAAACUAAUUAAUUAAUAGAGGUCAUAAUAUUAUCACAUUUUUUUAUUAUACACUUAAUUUCUUUC